AUGGGUCCAAAGAAAUCGGAUACCAAACGUGGAUUGAGCAACACACCGACUCAGCAAUCAGCCAAAAAAAUUUGCAAGAAAUAUGGGAAACGAAUGACUCCACAGAAAAGACAAAGAGUUCGCAGAGCUUUAUAUGAUGUAAGUGCUAACAAAUCAUCAAUACGGCAAGCAGCAGAAGAAAAUGAAUUGCCGUAUUCUUUCUUGCAAAGAAGGGUGUCAGGUAAAGUUUCACAGUUUAGCAUUAAUGGACCACCUACUGUAUUUUCUGAGGCAGAAGAGCUUGCCAUGGCCAAUUGGUUGUCGGAAAUGUCACAAAGAGGAAUGGGUCUAAAAAUGUGUGAAUUUCUCGACUUUGUUCAGUCAGUUGUUAAGAAAGAAAAGAGACAGACUCCAUUCAAAAAUGGUAGGCCUGGUAAGAAGUGGUACUAUUCAUUCUUAAAAAGAAAUUCAAACAUUAUCAGCUCAAGAGUGGAAACUUCCUUAGAGUUGAAGAGAUCCCAACUAACAAAGGACAAACUAGAUCCAUGGUAUACACGAUUUAGGGAAUUCCUUCAAAAUAAAGACCUUCUGAAUCAGCCUGGAAGAAUCUACAAUGCAGAUGAGACUGGAUUUAACAUGGGAGGCAACAAGUCAAAAGUAAUUGGCCCUACUAGGAGAGACUUAAAUGUUCCUCAUAUUUCAUGUGGAAAGCAGCGCCUAACUGUUAUGUUUUGUGGAAAUGCGGCAGGUCAGAUGAUCCCACCAUACUUUGUAUAUCCCGAACCAAAACCAAAAGGAUAUAAUCCUCUAAAUGGGUCUCUUGAAGGUUCCCAGAUAGCGUACACACCGAAAGGUUGGAUGGACAAGACUACAUUUGCACAAUUCAUGGACCACUUCAACAAAUAUGCUGGCAAUGAACGCCCUGUUGUUCUCCUAUUUGAUAGUGUUAGCAGCCAUGUUGAUCAUGAGGUGUUCAUGAAGGCCAAAUCUCAGGGUAUAGAACUAUACAGAAUUGUUCCCAAUGCAACUCAUCUCAUGCAGCCUUUAGACAAAGGUGUUUUUGGCCCACUUAAAACUAAAUGGCAUAUGACAGCAAGGAAAUACACACGUGAAAACCCAGGGAAAUGUAUCGGAAAAUAG